AUGUCCCUCACUUCAGCCCUUCGCCCGGUGGCCCUGACCUUCGGUGCAGGAGCCAGACGAGAGGAUACCACGGCCGACAGCGAGCACGCGCGACCGUUCCGACAUGAGGUUGACUACCUCAAUCUGCGUAGAACCCUGAUACGCUUCCAACAUCUUGUACUCCUGACCCCGUCGCCAUCCUCUCAGGGAUCAACAGAAUUAUCGACCUUACAAAGACAAGUACAAGCAGAAUUGUGGUCUCCUUUACCAUAUCACCGUACGAAAUGGCUGCGCAAUGUCGAAGGGGCGCGAACUCUGUUGUUACACUUGGAACGAAAGGCACAGAUGAUCAGAGUACAACGAGCCAAAUACGAGGCCAUCAAGGAUCUGGCAGACAAGAGAGCCAUUAUCAAAAGAUUGAGAAGUCGGAUUGAAGAGAUUGGACGCGAGAUCGAGAUGUUGGGCACAGAGGCUUGGAAAGUUCCUGUCGCGGAUAACGAAGAAGGCGACACCCUGUUCGAUGUACUUGAGCAGCUUGAUCGGCCUCGCGAGCAACGAGAAGCUCCGACUGAAAAGGACGACAUUCUGAGGGAAAGCAAACCCGUCACAGAGGUGGAAGAGGAGGCAGAAGAAGGGGAACAACAAAUGGGAAACAACCAAUUGUUCUCCUCAUCCACAGUACGGAGGAGGGGGGGAGACCAAACAAAUCCGGCGAAGGCUUCGGAGGCCCAAACGACAGGCUUUUCGAAUGCAUCAGCUACAGAGAGAUCAUUACUAAACUCAUCCCGAGUGCAGGAGGACAUCUCUGCAUCGAUGGUCAGUAUGGCCGUCCAGCUGAAACAGCAAGCACAAGCUAUGCAAUUCGCUUUACAGCAGGACAAGAGCAUCCUUGGGAGGGCAAUGGAAGGGCUUGAUGUCAGUGUCAGCUCGAUGGAGGCCGCCAGCAAGAAUCUUGCAUUCCUCAGACGAAUGAGUGAAGAGGAGGGCUGGCUGGGAAGAAUGAAACUGUAUGCCAUGAUCUUUGGUAUGUGGGUGAUUGCAUUCUUGUUGGUGUUUGUUGGGCCGAAGAUCAGAUUCUGA